AUGGCUCAACGUCAACUUUCGCGCACUCUGCCCAAGAACUUCACCUUCUCCCUCGGCGACAAUGAACCCAAGACCCCCGAGCGCCCUCGGACCACUAUGAAUGUACCUCCGCCACCUCGUCACUCAAUCUCUAGCGGCCGCCUACCUAGAGUUCGGGCUCGCGCUGGUACCAAUGUCUGCGCUCGUAUGGACAUGGACAUGUUCCAAUUCCACGGUUCCGAUGUUCCACUGCCUUCAAUUGAAGUGCCCCAAUCGACUGACCUGGAGGCGCCUUCAGUCCGUGAUUUCGCCAAUGACCAGAGAUACCUUGCGCCUCCUCGCGCGCGAAUGGAUUUUAAGACGCCACCUGCGCAGAUCCGCGGCACACCUUUUGAUUCCUGCGACACGGCUAAUCAGUGGCCAUCGUGGGACCAGACACCUGGCCCAAACAGCACCAAGCGCUCAGACUCGGUCUGCUCGACUCUGUCAAAUUCUUCAAUUGAAUCCAUUGAAACUUUCGCGUCGCGACCAUCUGUAGGCAGUUUCACCAGUGUCGAGAGCGAUUUGUUUGACUCAUACUUCCCCUUGGAAAUGUCCAAAGAACCUGAGAUUGAGUCGCCUUCGCGACCUCAGAAACAGCCGGCGAAUGUCAAAGUGUCCAAGAAGUCCUGGACUCGAUCCUACUAUGACCCCGUUCAAGAUGACCCCUGGCAGUAUCCCCCUCUGGGAGUCACUUCGCGUGUUGCGAGACGCGCCAAAAAGACAUGGUCCCAAAAGAGCAGUCGCAUUAUUGAAUCUGUCUCGAUGAAGUCUGUUGACCCCAUUGAAAUGUCUACACCCAAGGCUAUGGACGAAGAGUCGCAGCCAGCCUGGCCCAAGUCUGACAGCAAGACUCGACGACGCCUCAAAAUGUUAUGCCGUCGCAAAUUCUCAAUUUCUCCCCACUACCAGCGCAUCAUGCAGUCUCGCACUCCCGAGCCUGUCACGGAGGUGUUCGGCCCUCCUACGGAUACCCGCGUCAAAGACUUCGCUGAUAACUCGGCCUACACUACUCGUGACCUCGGCGUUUCUCUUGUCAUUUCCUCCGAACCGACUCCACUUUCUCAGGUUACACAAGAGUUGCCGUUGACUACGAACUGGUUUAACAACCCUGUGGCUGCUCAUGUCGAGCCACCCGUGGCCAAGACCCCUAGUCAGCAUCUUCGUGUGGAAUCUGCUCCUAGCAUCCCUCGUCUGGGAUCUCCAUUUGUGUACAGCACUUGGGGCCCCGGUGGAUCCAAUCGCCAGGUUCAUGAUUCCAAUGCUCGACCUGGGACCGUUCAUGUUCCGGGUUAUCGUGCCCGACGCAACACGUACUUCGACCAGUCUUUGCCUGAUACUGAUGAUGUCUUCGCGAGCGUAUCCAGGGAACAGAAGAAUCCUUCCGACCAAGAAGUUGAACGUCGCUUGGAGGACUAUGUUCGUGAAAACAAGUUCCAAGACAUGGGCCAUGGUCGGCUCCGCAUUCGCAAUCGUGGAGCUACCACUAGCGCUGUCAAUCCCAGAGACAUGGACCAACUCUUCUCUCCGCCCUCGUCCCUCAACUCAGGCCCAAUUGAACCCGAAGAGACAACACCCAUUCUGAAACCCCCCAUGAACCCAUUGUUGGACCUUGGCGAGAACAUUAAACGCCUGGGCUCACCCUUCCGGAUCGAAGGAGGACACAAGCGUCGCGAAGCCCCAAAGCGAGUCAUCAGACAAGCACCUGCACUGUCUGAUCCAUUCUCGAGCGGUGGUCGUUCAUAUGUCAGACCUGAUAACAGCACUUCUCCAAUGCAUGUUUCUCCGGCUCACGUACAUGAUAAAGCACCAGAUACUUUGCCAUACAAUACCUCAGAGAACGGCCUUUCUGAUGCUGAGCGAAUUCGCCGGCAAAUCUUGAAUAUGCCCUUUACAAGCAACUAA